AUGUUGUUGGUACAAACUGUAAUCCGCCGUGGGUGCAGGAAUUCCGGAUAUUCAUUGAAGCGGAAUAUCAACGGUAGUGCGCAUUUGCUGUAUUAUAUAAAUCAUCAUCAUUCCAACACGAAGAAUUUAUCACCUUCAUCCACAUCAAUUGCAAUCAACAAUAACAACAACAACAACAACAACUAUCGAAACUACUCUUUUUCCACGUCAAUUGCAGUCAGAACAAUGGUUACUAUCAACAAUAGUUUUCUUGUGAACCACACUUGUCUUAGAAUCAAGGAUCCCAAGUCUGUUGAUUGGUGGCAAGAGAAAAUAGGAAUGAAAUUAAUUGCUACAAUUCCAUUUGACACAUUCACAUUGUACAUGUUAAACUAUGAGACUGAAAAGAAUAAACACUUGAAUUGGGCUGCACGUGAAGGUGUUUUGGAGUUGUGUUAUAAUCAUGGUGGUACUGAAGAGAUUAACAAUGGAAAUGGUGAUAAAGACAAAGGAUUUGGACAUGUUUGUAUUUCUGUUGAUAAUAUUGAAGCUGCACAAGAACAGUUUUUAGCCAAUGGUGUUAGAUUCAAAAAGAAGUUAUCGGAUGGACGUCAACACAAUAUUGCGUUUUUGUUGUCUGAUCCAGAGGAUUAUUGGAUUGAGGUGAUUGAAAAUGGAAUUGAUAAACAAGAAAACAAGACUGAGAUAUCUUCUUACAAAUUGAAUCAUACCAUGGUUAGAGUCAAAGAUCCAGAAGUGUCAUUGAAAUUUUACCGAUCAUUGGGAUUCAAGUUAUUUUCCAAAAAGGAUUUCCCAGAGGCAAAAUUUAGUUUAUAUUUUCUUGGUUAUAACCAUGAUGCAAAUUUCAAAGAGGGCACAAUGUCAUGGGAAGAACAACUGAAAAGAGAAUCCAUAUUGGAAUUGACUCACAAUUGGGGCACAGAAUCUGAUUCAAGUUUCAAAGGUUAUCAUAAUGGAAACAGUACUGAAAACGGUGAAGUACAAGGCUAUGGCCAUAUUUGUAUCUCGUGUGAAGAUCCUGGUAAAUUCUGUCAAGAAUUGGAACAAGCUUAUGGAGACAAAUUGGAUUGGUCUGUCAAAUUCAAUCAAGGUUCAGCUGUUAAAGGUAUUGCAUUUAUUAGAGAUCCAGAUACCUAUUCAAUUGAGAUUUUAUCUCACGAUCUUUUCAAAGACAGGAUGGGUAAACUUUAG